CCCAGUGUGCGAUGAGGAGCCAACUGAAACGGAAACAACAUUUGCAGUAAUUCGCAACGAAAGCGUGGAAAUUGAAAACUCAAACAAAAACAACAUCACUUACUGGGGAAAAAAGAAGGACGAAGGAGAUGCGGAGGCAAGGAGCCGAGCAAGUGCAGUCGUGUGAAAAUUGUUGUAUCGAAAGUGCAUAAAAUGUGGCCCACAAACAAUUAGCGCAAUAAGCAGAGCACGGAAAACAAAACAAAAGUCGGACUAACUAGAAAGCAAACAGGAUGUCAAGGACUUGAGCCGAGGGGCGAAAGGGGGCCUGAGCGGCGGCGGAUAAGGGUGCCAAGAAGGGCGAGACUAACGGGACUUAGGGCGCAUCAGGAUCCGCAAGUGUUGCCAAGAUGCGUACCUACUACACUGCGAAGGAUAUGCGAAAAUACGGCGAUUUGAGCUAUGAAGGCAAAUACCUGCUGGAUCCGAAGUUUAUGACCAAGAGGGACCUGCAGCAAUACUACCGCUACUACAACAUGAACAAGGGUCGCGGUCAGUUCAAGAAGAUAGUGAUUGUGAUCUUCUGCCUCUGCGUCUUUUCCUACCUGUGCGUGGACUAUAAUCUCAGGACGAAGCUGCUCCGCUUCCGCGAUGGCUUCGAUUUUAUGGCCCGCAUCGAGGACCAUUACGGCGUUAAUGUGACCACGGCCUACUUCGUGGACACUCCCGGCUGUCGGAUGCCGCACUUCGAGGUCACCGACGACACCAUUGCCCAGUUCAUGUUCAAGCCGCGUCCCUACAGCUGCAACCGAGCUCUCGUGCGGACUAGUGACACGGUGCCCGGGGAGCUGCACCUCAAUCUGGAUGCCAGUGACCUCCUCACCUACUACAACAUAAGCGACCUGUCCUCCGUUAACUGCAACUUAACGGAGGUUAGACGGAACACCGAUUCCAGUAACAGCUACAGUCCGGCUGUGAGCUUUAAGCUGGAUAAGGUGGUGAAACUGCCGCCCGGCUUGGAGUUCUUUUGCAUGCGGUGCUACGACUCCUCGGACAAACUUUUCUACAAGGACUGCCACUUUUUGGCGGUGGAAAAGCCGCGUGUCAGACCGCCAGCCAAAUCCGUAACCGAUAGGGUCAGCUUCAAUAAAAGCAAGGAUGAGCCGGAACGUCUUUCGGUGAUGAUCCUCGGCAUGGACAGUCUGUCGCACUUGAAUUUUCUGCGGCAGAUGCGCCAGACAGCGAGCUACAUCCGGAAACAUUUGUCGCACGUGGAAAUGUGGGGCUACAAUAAGGUGGGCGACAACACCUUCCCCAACAUAGUGCCCCUGCUGAGCGGUCUGGAUGACCAGGAACUAAAUCUGGCCUGCACACCCAAAACGAUGAAGUCCUACGAUCGAUGCUUGUUCAUUUGGAAGCGCUACCAGCAGCUGGGCUAUCGCUCCGUUUUCGCCGAGGAUGUGGCCCUGCUGUCGGCUUUUAAUUACAACCAAAACGGAUUCAGGAAACAGCCCACGGACUACUAUCUGCGCCCGAUGAUCAUGGAAAUGGAGAAGGUUCUGGCCUUCAAGAAGGACCUCAACAUGCACCUGUGCAUGGGCAGCCGGCGGACGGCGGAUGUGCUACUGGAGUACCUGAGGAAGCUGGUGCCGCGAAUGAGCCGGGAUCUCUACUUCUCCUUCUUCUGGACGGUGACCCUCACGCAUGACUACUUCAACUUCCCCUUACUGCUGGAUCAGGCCAUGUUGACGCAAUUGACGCAGCUACAGGAUUCGGGAGUGCUUAAUCGGACAGUGGUGAUGCUGCUGUCCGAUCACGGACUACGUUGGGGUUCCUUUCGACGAACCUACCAGGGAAUGAUGGAGGAGCGCCAGCCCCUGAUGAUUAUGUUGUAUCCACCGUGGAUGAACGAACGCUAUCCGGAGGCUAUCGCCAAUCUGAGACUAAAUGCCCGCCGCCUAACCACACCUUUCGAUGUCCACGCCACGAUGGUGGAACUGCUGAGACCACGGAAUCUGGAGGCGGAUCAGCUGCUGCGCAGAUCAGCCGAGCUGGAUGAGCCGGACAGCACGCUGCCGAGGGGCAUCAGCUUGUUCCUGCCCAUCCCGGCGACGAGGACCUGCGAGCAGGCGGGAAUUGCCGCCCACUGGUGCACGUGUCACCAGCGCCAGGAGCUGCAGACGAACGAUCCCAGGGUGCAGCGGGCGGCGCGGUAUUUGGUCCGUCUGAUCAACAACCGGCUGAAGGACAGCUCCCAGUGCAGGACCCUCUACCUGAACUCCAUUUUGCAGGCCCUCAUUGCGGCGCCGCACUCGAAGAUCGUGAAGAACAUAUCCACGGACUACGCGGUGGACAUUACCCUGCGCCUGCAAACUAAGCCAGGAUUGGGGGUCUUUGAGUCCACGGUCCGAAUGACGGGAUAUACGACCGUUCUCACGGGCACCAUUAGCCGGCUGAAUUUGUACGGAAGCCAGAGCUACUGCCUCAACGAUCCGGCCCUUAAGAUGUUCUGCUAUUGCCACAGAUAAGGCGGCAAUCGAAUUGGUUUUUUUUUUCGGGAUGGGGUGUUAGUUGUCGAAGACUUCGAACCCGUAGCCAUAGCCAUAAAAUCUAGUUUAUUUCUAUGAAAUAGCCACUGUUUGUAAAAAUACUAAUCCAAUUUUAGCCUUUGCCGUAAGGAGUUCCCUGUCUUAUGCACCUAUAUAGCCACGGUAGUGUAGAAGUACUUGUUUAUUUCCCAUUAACUUAGAGGACAAUAAACUGAAUAAACUAAUAAUCGUAUUAUCCGCGGAACUACUUUGUGUGUAUGUAAAAUAA